CGGGAUGGUGAUGACCGCAUCGCGCAGCAUCACCUUCAGGGGAUACUUCCAACCAGGACCAGCUAUCGGGAGCGCGCCCGGCCUCCGGGAUGCAGGGAGUGCAUACAUACCGCUCACCCCACCUCUUCCAACCCUUCAGCCCUGUCCUGCUGCGCAGGCGCAGAACCCUGGGCGAAGGGGGUGGACCCGAGGCUCCAGGUCCCGGCGCGGCGGCGCGCGCACCCCCGAGCCUCGCUGCCAGUUCCUCCAGCUCCGCUGGCUUUCGAGCUGCUGUGGAGGACUAGACUUCCCAGCCGCUCCUGCCCGGCCCCUGCGCAGCCCGGCAGCGGCCAUGCAGAACCAAGUGCUGACCCCGCACGUCUACUGGGCCCAGCGGCAUCGUGAGGUGUAUCUGCGCGUGGAGCUGAGCGAUGUGCAGCAUCCUGACAUCAGCAUCACUGAAAAUGUCCUUCAUUUCAAAGCCCAUGGCCAUGGUGCCAAAGGAGACAAUGUAUAUGAAUUUCAUCUGGAAUUCCUAGAACCAGUGAAACCGCAGUUGACUCAUAAGCUGACCCAAAGGCAAGUGAAUCUCACAGUGCAGAAGAAAGAGAAUCAUUGGUGGGAGAGACUUACCAAACAAGAAAAACGCCCACUUUUUUUGGCCCCUGAUUUUGAUCGCUGGCUGGAUGAGUCUGAUGCAGAAAUGGAACUUAAAGCCAAGGAAGAAGAACGGAUAAACAAAAUCAGGAUGGAGUCCAGAGUUCCAAAUGACUCUUUUGCCAACCUGAAGAGAGGAUACCUGUUUAUGUAUAAUCUAGUUCAGUUCUUAGGAUUCUCCUGGAUCUUUGUCAACAUGACAGUGCGGCUGUUUAUCUUAGGAAAAGAUUCUUUCUAUGACACAUUCCACACCAUGGCUGACAUGAUGUAUUUCUGCCAGAUGCUGGCAGUUGUUGAAAUCAUCAAUGCCUUACUUAGAGUCACUCGGUCACCUGUGAUCCCCACCUUGAUCCAGUUCUUUGGCAGAAAUGUAAUUUUAUUUGUCGUCAUUGGCAGCUUGGAAGAAAUGCAAAGCAAAGCUGUGGUUUUCUUUGUAUUUUAUCUGUGGAGUGCCAUUGAGAUAUUCAGGUAUCCAUUCUACAUGCUUGCUUGCAUCGACAUAGAGUGGAAAUUACUCACAUGGAUCCGAUACUCUAUCUGGAUUCCUUUAUAUCCUCUGGGAUGUUUGGCAGAAGCUAUCUCGGUUAUCCAGUCUAUUCCAGUAUUCAGUGAGACCGGGAAAUUCAGCUUUAUGUUGCCAUAUCCACUGAACAUUACAGUCAAAUUUUCAUUCUUUCUUCAAAUCUAUCUUAUAAUGUUAUUUUUAGGACUGUUUGUAAAUUUCCGUCACCUUUAUAAACAACGAAGGCGGCGCUAUGGACCCAGAAAGAGAAAAACCAACUAAGAGAACAGCAAAUGGCUUACCAGAUUAAUCAUAAUCUUCAGUUCUUAAUGGUUUUGUCUACUAUGCCAAUACAAAGGCUUUUCUAAAGUUUAAUAAUUUUAAUUUUCAGUGAUUCCACAAUUGCAGGUAACAUUCCUCUACUUAUUGUACCACUUAACUACAGAACAUGCAUGACUGGCAACCCUCAUGUUCAGCCAACUAAACACAACUCCUAACUUUUACCAUCCUAAGAACAAUACAUAGUUCCUGCAUAUACUGUAUAGUGACUGAUGGCAGGAGGAUUCGCCCCAAUUUCUACUUCUAUCAGCCAGCCUACUACACUUACCGAGCACUUAAAGGCAGAACUUUGGGCUGUGCUUUUUCUUAGUGGAGAUUUCUCAUUUUCAACAGUGACUUAUAAGGAAAAGCAAGAUGGUACUGUACAGGAAAUGGAAAACUAGAGUUGGGGCUCAGAGACCAAAAAAAAAAAAAGCAUGAAUAUCUUAAGUUAUUUGUUGAGUUUUACUGUCAGGUCAAUCUUUUGAUAAUCAGUUUAAGCCCAGCCACUGAUAAACUUUUAUCUGAGCCAUAUUGGGGAUAGCCUCUGUGGUCUUAAAGCCUUUGCUGAACCUAUGUCUUACCUCUUAUUCCUGGUGGGCCACCCUUUGCAAUAGUUUUACUUGUGUGGGAGUUGGAUAGAGAGAGAAGUGCUUGAGAGAAUGACAGGAAAUCAACCCUGGAACCAUUCGCUGUCUCAUCUGUGGUGGCUAAAUGCAAGUAAACCUCUUUUUUGUUUGUUUUUUUCUUAAACUUCUGUUGAAGUUUAAAUAAUUUUAAAAAUCCAUGCCAUUAGCAUGAACAGUAAAUUUAAGGCAAUGCACAAGCAUAAGAUACUGGUCUAUCUGUGUUCCCUAUGUAGUCUACUCAUUGGCCUAUUUUUUUGGAAGGACCAUAGCUGCCUUCAUUCUACUGUAGUUACUGACUUUUCAUUUAAAAUGGUAGCCUGAUUGAGAAAACAAAGCUGGGAAUUUGGCAGUCUGCUAGCUGGUGUCAGUAAGAGAUUCUGGAAGGAAACAUCCAACAGCAGUAGAAGGAAUUUGAAAGAAAAAAGAUCACUUGUUUUAAAGAUGAAUAGGGUUUUCUCCAUUGCAUUUUGAGUACACCACCUAGAAAGUCUGUUAGAAGAAACAUUUGGAGAAAAGCAUUCAAGGCAUAAAUAGCCCUUUAAGCCUGUCAUGAAACACAAUCCAUUGUUCCUGUCCAGGGAUAACAAUAUAAUACAGGAACUGUAAGCCCAGGAUGGUUAUCUUGGCUUGAUAUCAAAACCUAAUUAGCAUAAGGAAAGCAUUUUUCCCCUCUUAAUUUAUUCCUUGGUAGGACAGUGUUUUGCAUGCCUGCAGCUUCUCAUCAACACUUCACUUGUUCAUACUGACUUCUGACAUGUUCUUUCAACUUGAGUUCUUAUGAAAUCAGGCAUUUCGGUUUUGCAGUCAAGUAGUCUGCACUCUCAAAGAAAAACCUUCUUUUCUUCGUGAUUGUCAUAGAUCUUAUACACUGUCUCUGAGGAGGCAAAAGAUGGUGGAUUUCUAUUAAAACAAAACAUUUACAGUCAAAA